AUGUAAACGGAAUAAUUUUUUUUUGAUUCUAGUAAUUCGAAUGAAAGGAAUUAAUGGGUGAAAUUAAAUUCAAUUAAACGUCCAAUCUCCACUAUACGAUUAUUUGAAGGAACUUUAUUUGUAAAGAGCAAGAAAUAUGAUUUUUAUAAACCAAAGUUUUUUAAGUUGUUUUCAGAUAGACUGAACAUUUAUAAUGUAAUAUAUAUAAUAAGACAUUUUAGAAUUGCAGAGAAUAAAAGGAAGUAGCAGCAUUAUUUUUAACAAAUGUCUAUUUAGAUCUUAAUUCUUAAAAUCAAUUGGAAAAGGAUAAACAUCCUAUUAUAUUAUUAGCAGGAUCCAAAAAAUAUAUAUUUAAUGCUAAAUCAUAAGAGCAAAGAUAAAAAUGGAUUGAAUAAUUCAAAAAGACUUGUAUUUUAAAUAAUUAUCGAGAUAUUUACUUAAAUCUUAAAGUUAUUGGAAAAGGAACCUAUGCAAAGGUAAGAUAUUGAAUAAAUAAGGUUCUAUUAGCCUAAAGAAAAUAAAAUUAAAAUAAAUAUGCAGUUAAGACCUUCUAAAAAUCAGCAUUAAUGGACAAAAAUAAUAAAUAAAGAGUAAAAUUAUUACUGAUAUUAAAAAGCAAGGAUUACUUAAUGAAAUCGAUUUAUUGCGUUCUUGUGAUCAUCCUAAUAUUAUUAAAUUAUAUGAAAUUUAUGAGAGUGGCGAUUACAUUUAUUUAGUGAUGGAAUUAUUAGAAGGAGGAGAAUUAUUUGACAUAAUACUAGAAACACAAUGUUUCUAAGAAUCUAAAGUGGCUUUGAUAAUGUUCAAAAUAUUUGAUGCUUUAGAAUAUUUACAUACAAAAGUAUAAUUAUUCAUAUUUAUAAACUAAGAAUAUCAUGCAUAGAGAUAUAAAACCUGAGAAUAUACUAUUAAAAGAUAAAUCUGAAAAUUUUGAUUUAAAAAUUGCUGAUUUUGGUUUAGCAUCUUACACUGAAGUUGAUCUACUUAUUACUAGAUGUGGGACUCCUGGUUAUGUUGCUCCUGAAAUUUUAGAAGAUAAGAAAUAUAAUGAGAAGGUUGAUGUCUUUAGUGCAGGAAUCAUUCUCUAUAUAUUGUAUUUAUAAGUGUAAUAUUAGACUAUCUGGACAAGCUCCAUUCUAUGGAAAUAGUGUUGAUGAAAUUAUAGAGAAAAACAGAGAUUGUUAAAUAAAUUAUAAAGAUUUGAAGGUUUCUGAAGAUGCUUUGGAUCUACUAAAGCGAUCUUUAGAACCUAAUCCAGAUUAUAGAAUUUCUUCCUUAGAGGCUCUUUCUCAUCCCUUCAUAUCCUGUUUAUACAGAAGAGAAUCUAAUCAUACUGAUGAAAUAAAUUUAGAUUAAAAUUUAAAUGAAAAAUAUAGUAUCUUAGAUAGUAUGAAAAAGUUUGGAUAAAAUGAUUUAAGAUCUAAGAUUUCCAAAUGUAAAUAAAAUGAAUUGAUUUAAUAAACACCAUUUUUGGGUGUAAGAGAAUACGAUCCUAUUAAAGCAUCAUCUGAUAGUUGGUUAAUGGAAAAGUCAAGCAUUAUAGAUUCAAAAUAGAUAUUUUGUUCACCAAAUAUAAAGUAAUAAUCAUCUGAUUCUGAUUGUUCUAUUCUAAGUACUCCUGAAUCCAGAAAAGAAACUUAAAGAUAAAUAUAAUUUAGUGCACUUUAAUAAAUAGCUUUUCGACAAUCUCCUAGUUAAUCUAUUUAUUCACCUUAAAGUUAAUAAAAACCUUAACUAUAAAUGAAUCUUAAGAAAGCUAAUUAAAUUAGAGAUUAACUAAAGAAAUUAGGCUCAUGA